AUGCAAGUGGACAGUACAAGUGGACAAUUGCGCUUACAAAUACGCCAAGACUCACAAUUAAUACUACGAUCUGUUCAUGCUGAAGAAAUUCAUACAUUAAUUGAGAAAAUGAUGUCAAUUGAUGGUGGAAAAGUACGAAUAUAUAUGCGUGCAGUAGCAGAUUAUAUUACAAAUGAACCAAAUUUACUAAGUUUUUCCAAAGGUGAUAUUAUACAAAUUAUAAAUCGUAAUGAUGGAACAUUACCAAUGGAACAAAAUAGUGAGCAAUGGUUAUAUGGUAGAAUUGGUAAUCAUUUUGGUAAUUUACCAGCAAAUUAUGUUGAACCAUUGGAUUCUUUUGGGCAGAUGAUUGAUUCACAACUAACGAUGAAUUCAUCCACUGUUGGUGGGAUUCAUUUCGAUGAUUUGGUUAGUAUCAUUAGUUUUUUUUUUUUUGUUUGCGAUAAUUAA